UAAAAUUUGGACAAAGAGCCAAAAUCCAUUAAAUCUUACCCAAAUAGGAAUCCCAUUACAAGCCCUAUAAAUACAUCAAAUGAACUCACAAAUUUCCACCAACACAUUAGAUUGAUCCAACUCAAAUUCCAUAAAGAAAAAAUGGUUCACCAAAGUGAAAUCCUUUCUGGGGGUGCCCACAAGAAAAUGAGCUUCGCAGAAAAAGAGGAAGUAGAAGUGUCUUAUAACUUCAAUGAAGACUCUUCAUGCAUGCAAAUGGUGAGGCCUCAUGUCCCCGAAAAACACCACGGCGGCCACCACCACCUUUUCGGUGGGAAACACCAUGAAAGCCACCACCUUGGCCGCCAUGGUAGCGGCCGCGGCCGUGCGAAUGAGGUUGUGCAGGUGCAAGAAGAGAAAGUGGAGAUGUCUAGUGAGAAGAAGUUGGUGAGUGGAAGGCAUGGCGGUGGAUAUCGAAGUGAUGAGACUCACUUUGUGAUGGAAUCUGAGUUCAAGGGUUUGGAGGAUUGAAGAUCCUAAGCUUUGAUGCACGACCGACCAUUUCUGCAUGCAUGUAAUAUAUAUUUAUAUGAAUAAUUAAAAUGUGUGGUAAAAUAAUCAUGGAGGGCAUGAUCACGUUAUGAUAUGUAUGGUGUGAACUGUGAAAUAAGUAUAAGAAGUUACAUAUAUUAUCAUACACUUAUAUAUACUUAAUAUAUUUCAUAUUCCAUAUUCCAUACUAUCGUAUAUAUUUCCAUCGAUCUAAUCUAGCUUGAUUAAUAUAAUUCGAAACAAAAGUGC